AUGACGGAAUACCAAGCAUCAGAUGUUAUUUUUGCAGUGGUAUCGAUCCCGUUUAUUCUCAUUGGAAUGGUAGGAAACAUCCUCGUGAUUUACAUUGUUUGUUCGACGCGAUCAAUGCAUUCGACGACCAAUUUCUUGCUGGUAAAUUUAGCGAUCAGUGAUUUCCUAACUCUUCUCCUGUGGCCUUUUCACUGGCAAAUCUGGUGGCGACAAAGACCACUAACUGGAGAAAUAGGAAACUUUCUCUGCAAGACAUUUACCGGUGUAUCAAUAUUGGACAUCCUGUACGUUGUUUCAAGUUUCACCCUGACGGCACUUGCUAUUGAAAGAUAUCAUGCUAUUAUGAAGCCGUUUCGCACAGGUUUAAGACUUUCUGAAGAGAACAUUAAGCUCGUGAUAGGAGUCAUAUGGCUCUCCAGCAUUUUGGUAUGUCUACCUGAUUUUAUCUUGCGCGAAUUGGACAGCAAU